GCUCCUACGGAAAACUCUCAGCCAAUCAGCGUUUCAGGUGCGUGAAACGUCACCUCGCAUUAGUGACAACCGUGUUUAACUUUUGGACCCAAAACAUUAGACUCACCUGAACUUCCAACAUGACGGCCGACAUCUGGGAUGUUGUUAUAGUCGGAGCCGGGCUGUCUGGGCUCAGUGCGGCUCAUCUGCUCACAAAACGGGACGCCAAGCUGAGAAUCCUGAUCCUGGAGGGGAAAGAUCGAGUGGGAGGACGCACCGUGUCCUUUGAAAUCCCAGCAGCCGACGGUGCUGAUCGCUGGGACUUUGGAGGACAGUGGGUCGGAAGCACACAAACACACAUUAUGGAGCUCAUAAAAGAGUUGGGGUUAGAGGUGUAUCCUCAGUUUAAUGUCGGGAAGAAGGUGCUUCACGUGGGUGGGCCCACUUCCAAAGUGAGAUCCUACCGGACCAGCAUCCCUGCUCUGUCUCCGCUGGUGCUGCUGGACUUCACCCAGAUGCUGUGGAAGUUUGACAGGCUGUGCAGAACGGUGUCUGUUCAGGACCCACUGAGGACCCCCAACGCGGCGGAGCUGGACAGCAUGACGGUGCACUCGUACAUCGAGCAGCACGCUUGGACUGAAGAACUGAAGGAGCAGCUGGGAGUGUGCAGCAGGUCCGUCUUCGGCGUGGAGCCGUCCCAGAUGUCCUUUCUGUUCUUCCUCAUGUACGCCGCUGCGGCCGGAGGGCUCCUGGCGCUCCUGGAAAGCUCUCCUGGUUGUGCUCAGGAGUUUAAGAUAAAGGGAGGCACCCAACAACUUUCCGAAUGUCUGGCGCAGCGGGUUGGCUGGAAGAACGUCCGGCUGGGCUCUGCUGUGACGGCCAUAUGGCAGGACGCCGAGUGGGCCAGGGUCAUGACGACCGACGACACCUUCCUGUGCAGGGCUGUGAUCGUCACUUGCGCCCCUCAUUUGGCAGCAAAGAUCCAGUACCAGCCGGCUCUGCCCAGCAUGAGGGAAUUCCUCACCCAGAACAUGCCUGUCGGCCAUAUAAUGAAGUUUAUUCUAACGUAUCAGACGGCCUUCUGGAAGGAGAAGGGUUUCUCCGGAGAAAUCGUGGCAGGAUCUUCCACCGACUGUCCGUUCUGUGUCACCUUCGACGCCACCAGCCCGCGUGGGAACCCGGCUCUGGUGGGCUUCAUUUCCGGCCAGCAGGCGACUCUUUGGAGCACCAGAGAGGCUGGAGAAAGAAGAGCAGCUGUGCUUUCUAGUCUGGUGAAGUAUCUCGGUCCUGAGGCUGCAUCGUGCAUUCACUAUGAGGAGAAAGACUGGGCUAAGGAGGAGUUCAGCGGCGGCUGCCCCGUCAGUGUCAUGGCACCCGGUCUGCUAACGUUUUACCAUCCGAGCCUGAGGAAGCCCUGUGGCAGGAUCCACUGGGCCGGUACAGAGACCGCCACCCUGUGGUGCGGCUACAUGAGCGGCGCCGUGCAGGCGGGGCAGCGGGCCGCGCUGGAGGUUCUGGCUGAAGUCAGCCAUGUUGUCCUGACGCCGGAGGAGCAGGAAUCUCUGAUCCAGGGUCAAACUCUCCACCGUCCCCCAAAGCCGACCGCGCUGUCGGCGCUGCUCAAGAGGCUCAGCAGGAAGUCCGUGUUGAUACCGGCGCUGACGAUAGGCGCUGCUCUGCUGCUGGUCCGGAAACGAGACGUUCUGGUGAAGAUCCAAACUUACGUAGGAGCUUUCUGAGCGAUGAGGCGAUACUGUUUGAGCUAAAUUCAGAGCCUCUGCAAGCCAUGCUGAAGGAUGGGUAUCAUCUCAGAAGUUGUUUGCAUGGUUUGAAGAAGUGAAAUAAUGGAUACAAAAUACACCGAUUGCGUUUUUGACUUGACCCUGAAAUAAACAGCUCACACUUUUCCCCUCGUCCCAACAGCAUAAUUAGAAACUUAAAGAUAACAGCUGUGUGAUUAAAUGAGAUUUUAUCAGUCAAGUCAAAGCAGUUUUUAUCAGCAUGAAGAAAUGUUCGGUAUUAUUUAGCUUUAAGAAGUACUAAUCGAGUGCAGAGACAGAUACUUAUUGAAAUUUUAACCGUUUCUUAUUGGCAGAGGCGGUCCUGACCUGUUUGGGGCCCUGGGCGAACCACCUUUAUAUGAAAUUAGAACAUUAAGCUGACAUAAUGUGAAUUACAGUAAAUUGUAAUCAAUAUUAACAUUUACUGAAUUUCAAUGCUUAAGGACUUUAGCACAUAAGCAAACAAACAUAAACAAAAUAAUCUGCAAA